GCUCGCAAUAUGGCUGCCGUUCGUGCACGACUGACAGAUGGAGUUUCCUUCUCCAAGUUUCCGAUCAUUUAUUCCAUGCCUAUACACGAACCAAGUUUGACGUGUACAGAGAGAGGUUGCCGGUGAAAUACAUUUCAUGUGUUGUCAACCUCCUUACGCGAAUUAGUGAUGUUACGACUGGUGUUUCUGGUCGCGAUAUGCGUCUUUUCCAGCGCGCAAGCUGGAGAUCUUGAAACGGUAAACGAUGAGGAAUUGCUGAAUCUCAUAAAAACUGAAAAUUACGUCGUCGUUCUAUUCACGAAGAAGGACUGUCCGGAAUGCGAGAAUUACGAGAACACAUUGAUUCAAUUGCGUGAGGACUUGGUCGACUCCUUGUCCGCGUGGAUCGUCAAGACUUUCGACAGCCAAUUGCUCCAGUUGUACAGCACCGAUAAAGAGCCGGUCUUGUUGUUCUUCCGACAUGGUCUUCCUCUUUUGUAUGAUGGUAUGGGUGGUAUGGAUUAUGGAUCCUUGAACGAGGAGAUGAUAUUAACCAUGUUCGCGGAGAAUAAACUACCGGGAGUGAAGGAACUUACUGAUGAUACGUUUGAGCAUUUGACUCAAGCAAGCAGCGGCGCCACGACUGGCGACUGGUUUAUUAUGUUUUACAGCACAGACUGUGCACAGUGUUUGCGCAUGAUCGCGAGAUGGGAAACGGUCGCCGCAAAGCUCAGACAGACGGUGAACGUAGCGCUUAUCAAUAAGUCCACGACUGGGGCUUACACAGCCAGAAGAUUUCACGUCUACGACACUCCGCAAUUUAUAUUAUUCAGACAUGGAAAGAUGUAUCGGUACGAUACAGAUAAGUACGACAUCAAGUCUCUCGUGUCAUUUGCCAAGGAAUGGUACAGAAAUGUGAAAGCGGAGAAAGUGCCCGUGCCUCAAAGUCCUUUCGAUGAUCUCACGCAAAGAAUCGCAAACUUUAUUCGCGACAAUCCGUGGAUACUCAAGCUGAGUAGUAUUUGCAUCGGGAUCCUAGUUGUGAUUACAGCCGUGUCUAAACUGAAGCAGAAGCCCGAAACGCCGCAGAAGAAGGAUAAAUAAGUCGAUCGUAAAUUUGAUCCGCCAAUGAGAUAUCGCGAACGUUUCUCUGCACCAUUUAACAGCGUUAAAACCGAGUUUUGAGCUCAUUAAAUUUAUUGAAGUUACUUAACAAACACACCGACAGGUGCUUCGUCGAGAAAAGACUUAUUGUCCAGCUAUUGCAUACAAUAUGCAUUCCGUCAAUUAAAUAUUAUAUGAUAUUACAUGUUUACUGUUCCCGAUUUUAUUGCUACUUUCUUACUCGACCUCUUUUGUACAAGCAAUUUGUAAAUAGUUUAUCUUUCAGUAAACAUAACGCUAUUCGAAAAACAUCUAAUACUGAAGAGGAUAUAGAGCAAUAAGAAUCUUCUAUGUGUAUAGAUUUUUUACAAAGAAAUAUACCUUUGAUGCAAAAACA